AUGCCGCCAGAUCCUGUCAGAAAACUGGCCGAUUUGGUGCAACAAGCCGGCAGACUGCGCAGCUUGCCGGAACACAGCCGGGCAGAAAGCGAACGUGAAUUGUUUGGCGAAGUACGAUUGGGCUUGCUCCAGCCGGAGGCACUUGAAGGUUCCUUCGAGCAGCAUGACAUGAUCGCAAUGAUGAGACUUAUGGUUAGCUGUGGCCAGAAAAAACGCUUAGCCUUGCGCGCCGUUGAAAAUUUGAAGCAAAUCCUCAACAGCAGGCCAUGGUUGAAAGUGGCCCAUGGCUCGCCGGAACUGCUUCAUGAGCUGAAAAGCUUCCUCCUGGAAAACCCGGAGGUCACCAAGGAUACAGAUAUGACGGCGGUCGCUCAGCUGUUGGAAGCGCCACCAAGCGACAGCAAGCGCAGGCCGGACUCGCCUACCACUCCGGCAAAGCUCGACGAUGAGCCACGAAGGAUGAUCCUGGAGCCGCUGCAACAGGGCCGUGAACUCAUGGCUAGGUGCAGAUGGCAGGUGGCAGGCGAUGAAUCUGGCGAGGCGCUUUCCCUGUUUUGCCGGGGUGUCUCUCGCCUAGCCGGCACCGCCGUGGGCAGGGAGGCUAUGGAGGUGCCAGGGGUCGAGCUGCCUGUGCUGCAGUGGCUGACGGGUGACUGGCCCAACAUCAUAAAGUUUCUUGCCAACGUGUUUGCCGUGGAGGCCAAGUCCACGCUUCUGUGGAACCUUUUGAAGAAGGAGUCCGGCUGCGGCCCCCAGAGACCUCCGGUGGUACACCAUGGGCGCGCUCAGCGUCGCCGAUUGCUAGUGGCAGCGCUUCGCAAGUUGGAUGCUUCGCCCAUGCCGAGCUCCAAUUUGCAAGGCUCUUGCAUGGAAGGCCUCUGGGCGGUCAUAUUCAGCGGGUACUCUUCGAAGGAAAGCAGCGCCCGCCUGGCAGAUGCUCCGAUCCCAAUGGACAGUCCGAUCAAAGAAGCGGCAUUUGCAGAUUCUGACAGUGAGACCUCAAGUACAAUGACUCGGGUGUCCACUCGCAGCUGCACGGACUGCGAAUCCAGCGCGUAG